UUUGUUUGUUUCUCAUUUGCAUAAUUUGUAAUAAGAAUUACUUAAAAAUAAUUGAAGUUGUGUUGAAUUUCUUGGAGUUGUUCGUUUUUGAAUUGGUUGUUGAAGAAGAGGAAGAAUGAAGCGUCACAAUGCGAAAGCAAUUGCGGCAGCUGUGGCAAUUGCCGCGGCAGCUGCCACCGCAGAGGGCAAGAAGAAAGCGGAGCCGAAUCCGAAGACCAGUCUACAGUCCGCCUCCACCUUGUAUGUGGAUGUGGUGAAGAACAUGACCAAAACGGAGUCCUCGCCAUCGGUCACUCCACCACCACCCAAAUUCACCAUACUACACGAGGACUUUCCGGCAUUGCCCGGCACUCCGGAGGAUCUGGGAGUUGGCAUUAAUGCUGGAGUGCCGGAUGAUUGGACAGCCAUGAUAAGCGAUGAUGAAGAUGAUGAUGAUGUGGAGGAGGAGGAGGAUGAUAUUGACAAUGAUAAUGAGGAUGACGAUGAGCUGCAGAGUCCGACGCCUGAUAGUGUGAGUGAGCAGGCCUUGGAUGCGGAAACGGAAACGGAUCUGGUGCCCGAGUUGUUGGUGGAUCUGGCGAGCAGUCGGGAGAGCAGCCAGAGUUCGUCGGAGUCCACAGAUCACUGUGAUAAUGUGGCACUUGUGCUGGCUGCCAGCAACACGGAUUCCCAUUUCUAUGGCAUCUUCGACAAGCAGUUUCUCAUCAGCGGCGUCUGGAGUCGCCAAAAAUCAAGUGAAUCCCAAUCCAAUUCGCAUGUUCCUCCACCGCCUGGUUUUGAGCAUCUGAAGCUGUUUGGGCGACUGCGCACCAAUCGCAUGGGCGUGCCGCUGGGCGGUGUGACCUUUGACAUGGCACCGCCAGCAACUGCAGCCACGUUCCAUCCGCGUUCCGCCCGCUGGGGGCACAAACCCAACGCUGGGGGCAUUGAGGGCGCCUAUGGCCUGGCCGGACUGGCCAACAAUCUGAAGGCUGCCCAGCUGCAUCCGGAGCGGCUGAGCCAGAUCUUUGGCCACGAUGUAGCCGCAAUGAAUGUGGACGCACAUUUCUGUGCCUGCGAGGCCAACAAGUUGCAUGCCUCGUUCGCAGGUCCGUUGCAAGGUGGACGCUGUGCCCCGCACGAGGUGAACUUCGAUGUGCCCACAUAUUAUCGACGGGCGGGUGGACAGGAGCUGAUUCAGCCCAAGGUGGAGCAGAUGCAGGCGGAGCUGUUGUUCUUCUUCUUCUACACAUAUCCGGGGGACAUGAUGCAGAUGCUCGCUGCUGCCGAAUUGGCCGAUCGUGGCUGGCGCUUUCAUAUCUACGAGCGUCUCUGGAUCCGACCGCAACCGGAUAAUCCGCACUAUGUGAGGCGUGCUCAACAGGAGUCGGGGGAAUAUAACUAUUUCAAUAUGGUGCACUGGAAGAUCUUGCCACGUCACUUUGAUCUGCAGCCGGAGCAAUUGGAGCGUACGAUCACAAAGGCCGAGUUGCGGGAUCAAUAUGGCUACCAUCCACAGAUGAGCUUCUUCUGAGACAAAGGUCGAUGAUCUGUUGCCCUCUCUCUCUCCUACUAGUCAGCGCGACUAUUUCCUAGACAGGUUAUCGAUUUUAAAAGACUUUUAUUAUUACUAAAUAUAUAUGACUAUGAACAAUUAUAAAAAAUCCUGGCGAUAAAAUAAGUAUUUGCGUUAAGAUAGUAUUUGUAUUAAUAACUAAUACUUUAAUCCUUGAAA